AUGAAUAAGGGAGAUAACCCUGAUGUAAAUGACAAGAUAAACAAGGGAGAUAACCCUGAUGGAAAUGACAAGAUAGAUGAAGGAAAUAACCCAAACAUUAAUUACCAGAUGAAUAAGGCAGAUAAUCCUAAUGUUAUUGACAAGAUGAAUAAGGGAGAUAACCCAAAUAUAAAUGACGAGAUGAAUAAGGGUGUCAGCCCUAAUGUAAAUGAAAAGAUGAAUAAGGGAAAUAACUUCGAUAUAAAUGAUAAUGUGAAUAAGGGAGAUAACCCUAAUGUUGAUAAAAAGAUGAACAAGGGAGAGAACCAUGAUGUAAAUGACAAGAUGAAUAAGGGAGUCAGCCCUAAUGUAAAUGAAAAUAUGAAUAAAGGAGAUACCCCUAAUGCUGAUCAAAAGAUGAAUAAGGGAGGUAACCCUAAUGUUGAUCAAAAGAUGAAUAAGAAAGAUUAUCCAAAUAUAAAAGACAAAAAUAAGGAGGAAUAUUCAUUGAAAAGAUGUGUUUUGCAUGUGAAGCUGAAGCGCUAUGGAAUGCCAAACUGA